AUGACAAAAGUUGAAAUAAAAAAGUUUAACAACCGCCAACAAAUUACAGAAGAGGAAGCAGAAUAUGGUCUGGAAGAGGCCAGUUUGAAGAGCAUUUUGGUACAUUUAACAGAUUUAAGAAAAGUGUUACUCCAAAAGCAAGAACCCGGGAAAAUAUCUUUAGUCUAUAUGAGAAAUUACAUGAGACUUAUGUUUAUUUUGCCUCGCACUUGGAAAAAUGAAUCUAUGCUUUAUAGAAUCAUUAAUAAAGUUCUCAUGGUAAUGUUGAUCAUAUUUGCUGUGAGCAUAACGUUUGAUCUAUAUGAGGCCUCUCAAGAUGUUUUACAAUUUGGUGAAGAUUUAGUGGUUUUAAUAGGGAUUUAUUUAAUUUUCUUUAAACUAAUCCUAUCUGCCUAUUAUGCUAAGGAUAUAGAGUAUAUAAUAUCUGAAUUUACUAAAAUGCAUAAAUAUUUUAGUCAAUUGAAAAAAUAUUCUAGAACUUCGCGUAAAAUACGCAAAUUACAGCGUUUAUUUUAUAUAGCCGAAGUGAUUUCAUUUUUUCUCUAUGUAAAUUUGGUAAUACUUUUUGCAGCCGCCAUUUGCUUGCCGCCGAUCUUGACGCCCGAUACCACACCCUAUAGAGCUAAAUAUCCUUUUGAAUGGCAUACAUCAGCCGAACAUCCCAUACUAUUUGCCAUGGUUUAUAUAUUUCAAAGUCUUAUGACUUUAUUUGUUCUACUAUCCAUUGUGGUCAUCGAUAAUAUUGGUUGUCAUAUUUUUACCCAGACAACAUUGAAUUUGAAGAUAUUUUGUAUUCUUAUUAGAGAUAUGGCCACACAACCAGCUGAUAAUGCUUUGCAGGAGUUGCGCAAGGCCAUUCAAUUUCAUCAGUAUAUUAUUAAUUUAAUUUCGAAAAUUAAUGAGGUUUAUUACUACAAUUAUGCCGCUCAAAUGGCAGCCAGUACUUUUAUGAUAUGCUUGACUGCCUUUGAGGCCAUGUUAGCCCAGGAUCAACCCAUGUUAGCUAUCAAAUUUCAAAUUUAUAUGUUUUCAGCAUUUUCUCAAUUGUUUUAUUGGUGUGCUACUGGUAAUAUGGUUUAUUAUGAUUCUCUUGAUGUCGCCGAUGCUGCUUACGAAAUUGAUGGUUGGUACGAUCAAUCUAAGGAGUUUAAAUAUUGUUUACGAUUUUUGAUUUUACGAGCUCAAACUCCAUUGGUUUUUCGACCAAGACCAUUGUUCGGCUUUAAUUUCGAGACAUUUUCAAGUAUACUUAGCACUUCAUAUUCGUAUUUUGCUCUUUUGAGGACAAUGAAUGAUUAAACAAGAAAUGGCA